UGAAUAUCAUUAGUGAUCAUUUAAAGAAUUCACACUAAUUCUUUGAUUAUCUAUCAUCAUAUGAAAUGAAAGUGCAAAAUUUUCUUUUUUUUCUUUUUUUUCGUGUAAAUUGAGACAUUCUCAUCGUAUAAAUAGCAUCGAAUGAAAUGUGCUUUUCAUCACACGGAACGAAAUUCACAGCUAACUAUAAAGACGAUAAUGGUCGAAAUCGAUGGAUUCAAUAUUGCCUAUGAAAAAAUUGGCCAUGGUAUGGAUAUUGUGCUCAUCAUACCUGAAGCAUUGGGAACUGUUCGUAGUCAAUUUCGGCAACAAUUUGAUCCAGAUCAUGAUGGAUGUUUAGAUUUUGAUUGUUUUACAUUUGUUUCGGUCGAUCUACCUGGCUGGGGACAAUCACGUCAACAACAUAAACAACAACAACAACAACAGGAACGUCCUUAUGGACCGAAAAUUCUUGAUGAUGACGCUGUUAGAUGUGAUAAAUUAAUGAAUAAACUUGGUUAUAAUGAAUACUCAAUCUAUGGUUUUGGCAUUGGAGGACAGAUUGCAAUUCUUAUGUCACAAAAAUUUGGUCCACGAAUCAAAUCAAUGAUAUUGCAUGGAACAGCAACGUAUUCGAAUGAAAAAUUCCUGCAAAAUUAUCGAAAAUUACGUGAUACUGAAUGUUGGAACGAUUCGGUUAUGCUUAGCCAAUAUAAACUUGUUUAUAAUGAUGAUAUCGAUCUUAUCGCUUAUCUUUGGAACAAAUAUAUUGAUUUAGCUGUCAAUAAAUUUGGUGAAUAUUAUCCUGAUGGUUUACUAAUGACAAACGCAAUUGCAUCGAAUAAUGAUCGACAUUCAAAAAUUUAUCAUUGUCCAUCAUUGAUUCUAUAUGGUGAUCAAGAUGAUUUCAUUGAUAUGGAACAAAUAACAUAUUUGGCCAAUAAUUUACCAAAUAAUCGAUUGAUAAUAUUUAAAAAAUGUGGCCAUCAUCUUCAUCAAGAGGAUCCGAUUAAAUUUAAAAAUAUUGUGGAAAAAUUUUUAUUG